CUCGCGUAGCAGCAGCGACUCCAGCAGCGGCAGGGAGAAGGGACUUACUCCAGCCUCCUCGGGUCGAAGGCGGUUGAUGUAGGGCUUCACAUUUGAGGACUUACCAUGGCUCCCUUUGGAAAGAACCUCUUAAAGACCCGGCACAAAACUAGAAUUCAGCUCUUCCACAGAGGUCACUGGGGUACCAUGGAAAUCUGCCAACUUUAAUCCCCAGAUCUCCAGUGAAAGACAUGGGUACUGGUGAGCGAGAAAUCACAGUCUGGGUUUGCCAGGAGGAGAAAAUUGUAAGUGGAUUGACGAAGCGUACAACUUGCACUGAUGUCAUUGAAGCAUUGCUUGAAGAACAUCAAGCCACUUUUUCAGAAAAGAGGUUUCUCUUUGGACAACCUAAGGAUUACUGCAUAAUAGAGAAAUGGAGAGGUUCAGAACGAGUUCUUCCACCUCUCACAAAAAUACUGAGACUUUGGAAAGCUUGGGGGGAAGAACAAAUUAAUUUGCACUUUGUGCUGGUGAAGUCAGAUGCCUUCCUUCCCUUUCCACUGUGGAGGACAGCUGAAGCUAAGAUGGUACCCAGUUUAGAAAGACAUUGGGACCUUAGUCCAGCAAAUUACAUGAAGAUGCUGCCAGUGGACAAGCAAAAGAGGAUUGUCAGAAAAACUUUCCGGAAACUGGCCAAACUUAAACAGGAAGGAGUUCUGCAAGAGAGAGAUAAUAUAGAAACACUCAUCCACCUGAUCCUAUCUCAGGAUCACACCAUUCACCAGCAAAUCAACAGAAUGAAGGAGCUGGAUUUAGAAAUUGAAAAGUGUGAAACGAAGUACCACCUUCAUUGGGUUGAAAGCGAGGGAGAAAAUUAUGUCCAGGAGUCUUACUUAAUGACUUCUAGUAAUUCUGAACAGCAAAAGGAUCUGCUGCACAGCCAUCAACAAGUGCAGGAAAGCACAUGCAAAAAUGAGGGCGUUUUACAGGUGGAAGAAGGAUUAAAACAUCACAAGUAUUUGAUUGAAAAACUCUCUGCUGAAAUCGAACAAGAGCUUCAGGGGAUAAAAACAAAUGGAGAUGCACGGACAGAUGAAGCCUCUAAGGGUGAAGUGGAAAAUUCUGAUUUAGACAGUGUCAAGAAUGAAUUGGAAAGCAGCAUGAAAGAUGCCUUAAGGAUCCAUUCUCAACUGAACUGCAUACAGCAGGAGCUAAAAUACAGAGACUUGAUGCUUCAGAAGAAGGAAAAAGAAUAUCAGCUUCUUGUGGAUGAGCUUAAUAAUCUCUAUGCUAAAGACAAGAUUGAAUGCAGGCAUCCAUCCAGUGAGGAGCAAGCAAAUGGCAAUGAAAUUGCCACUAAGACUUUCACAGGGACAGAUCUUCUUAAGGUGACUAACUUAGACAUAAAUGACACAGACUCUGAUACUGGAAUAAGCUCCACUCACAGUCAGGACUCAGAGACAGCAUUAGGGGACAUGAUACUGUUGGCCACAUAGUUGAAUGCUGUUAAGAUUUACCGAGGAAACUGUAAUAUCCUUUGAGAGAAGAUAUUUGAUAAAGUGGCAUCUUUAUUGGUUAUACUGCUGGUGGUGUGUCAUAACUUCCAGGUUAAAGAGAACUCCAUCAGACAACAGGAAAAAGUAGCUAAUUCUCAGCUGUGGAAAGAGAAAAGGGAAAAAAAUACUGACAUAACUAACAUAUUAUCUUCAGUCUUAUCAGAGUUCAUAUUGAACAUUUCAAAUGUACUAAUUUUUUUUUUUAAAAAAACAAGGCUAACUAGGCUAGCUAUAAGAAACCAAAAUCUAAGUCCACUGACUUGUAUAAGUGACUAUCCUGUUAUUUUUUUAUCCACACUGGGUUUCCUGGGGGAAUAUUGCUUCUGUUUAUUUUACAUACCCAUCCACUGAAAAAUGCCACUGCAAUGUAUUUUAGCACCUCCAGGGAAGGUGCCCCAGUCACUGUGUCAACCAAAGCAUCAAUGUAACUAUUAACCUGAUAUAACAAGCUUUGAAAGCUGUUCCCUGUCAUUGGUGCAAAAGGAAGCUGUCUGGGCCAGGCUUUGCAGUGGAAUGGCUGUCCCUUUUUGAACCGCAGACCUUUUAAAUGCCACAGAGUUUGUUACUCCUGAAACACAGUUUGGGAGUUAUUAUAAUUUUGAGUUGUUGUAGCUACAUUUCAGCAUUGCUUUCCAGAGCUUCAAUCAAAAUGUUACCUUCUGAAAUUGAUGUUCUGUCUGUCUGAAUCUGAUGUAUAGUCGUAAGAUUCUCUGCAAAAAAAUAGCAUUGCUGGAGACAUGAGGCAUUACAACAGUUAAAUGGGUUUGACAUUGCCAUAGGACAGAAUGAGUACAUAAUACCUUUUAUUUGAUAUAUCUUUUAUUUCUACCAAAACCAAAAUGUGUUCUGUGUGUCCAUAUGUACAUAUAUAUAAGCUAAGCAAGAAUAUUUUCAGUCUAAUUAAAAAAAAAAAAACUGGGCCUGCCAAAUAUACUGGGCUCGCAGGCUUGAAGUAGCACGCCUCAGACAUGAUGAUGUGCUGUAGCCCACCAAACUACUAGUUGAUCUCAGUAAAUGGGUGCCAUGAGGUCUCAGGAGACUCACCUGAGAGAGGUCUGUUUUCAGUGAUGAAUAAAAGGGCAAAAGCAUAAUUUGUGUUUUGCAUUCAGACUUGGUGUUUCCCCCCCUUUAACAUCAACUUUUAAAAAAUCUGGAAGAGACUCACUUUAUGAACUUAUAAAUAUGACUUGGAAUCUUUUUUCCUGGAUUCUGCAGGCCAUAAUUUCUGGAUAGUAUAGUACACAGGUAUCUCUGUUGACUGCCUCUUUAAAAAAAAAAAGUGUGGCUGCAUCAUAUGAUAUUAUUUUAAAUGCUUCAAGACAACAUUAUUUAGUUCCAGAAUGAUUGUAGCAAAAGCACAAGGUAAUGUCUGACUGGCUAUUUUACAUUUGUAAUAAUUUAUUAAUGUUCCUUGGCAUCUCAAAUCUUUAAUGUUGAAAGUAAAUUAAUGCCUUUGUUUCCAUAUUUGAAAAAUUCUAUCUUUUUGUUGUUUAUUUUCAGACUUCACAUCUCUUACAAACUGUCGAUUACUAGCAAAUAGGGUUCUGUGUGCCUCUUAAGUGCAACUUCCGUUGUGGAUGAGAAUUAAAUGUAGACUAGACUUGUGAGAGAACUUGUUAGACCAAGUAACUUUCUAUUAUACUGCUGGUCUGAUUUAGCAGCCAAGCCUAUGUAGGUUUACUUAUAAGUAAGUUUCACUAUGUUUAAGGGACUUCUUCAAGGCAACUGUGCAUAGAAUUGCAUAGGGCCUUUGCCUGCCUUCCAUACCUUCCUGUGCAGCAUGCCAAGUAUAUAGUUUCUACUUCUUGGCUCACAAGGAACAAAACACUGGGAUGUUCUCCAUUUCAAGUCCUUCUAAACUAUAUGGGACUUGUACGUGUAGCGAUUGUCUUCUGUCACUCCUGUCACAGUAUAUCAUGUGCUGAUGUUUCUACUUGGAAGACCCCAUACUUUGAAAGUUGUUGGAUAAUAUCUAAUAUUAAAUAUAUUUUUCUCUGCUCUUCUCGUGAAGUUACGUAUUUUGUCACUCCUUUUUGAAAAAGAAAUAGGGAUGAAGUGGCUCAGUAACAACUAUGCAACGGGAAAAGCUCAGCCAGAUGUUGCUAUGGCAUUUUUGUGUAGGUGCAGUGUCAUACUAGUCUCCAAAGGAAAUAUUUUGUUUGUAAGAAGAAUAAAAUUUGCACCUGCUUGACAGCAGCUGUCUCUAAAGCUAUUGUAUGUAAUCCAGCAAGCUCUAGUAGUGGUUUGCUUUAUACUUUCCAUGGAAGUGGCAACAAAAUAGGCAUGAGUGAUUUGUACUUCUUCCUUGUCCAAGGUCUUUGCUGUCACACAUCUCUUCUGUUAGAUCCAGAAAUGAGAAGUGAGUUCGAGGGGGCAUGAAUAAUCCACAUUCCAGUGCAUGCUGAUUUAUAAGAAGGUUUGACUGAAUAUAAGGGGGCUUUCUCUCAACUCUCUAACUAUAGGGUUGUGUACAUCAGAUUGUAGCCUAAACUUUUAACCUAGGCAUUUUGAUGUCAAUAGAACUGAGUCAUGAUGAGUAGCUCACUCAGUUGUGCUCAUUUGUUUUUGAAGGAGGAAGCAUAUGUUUGCAGACAGGAGCUAUCAAUUCAGGAAUAUGCUGAAUUUUCUUAGGCAGUUUGUACUUCACUUACACACAGUACAGUGAAGGCGGUAGUGAGUUCCUUCUUUUCCCUGACGUGACUUUGGGAUCAGGCACCAGGUUGCUGCAUAAAGGAAAUGAUGCUGCUCCUUCUGGUAUGUGAAGCAUGGACAAUCUUGCCAAAAGACAAAUGGGGGUGGUAUGAUGUUUGGAAAGGUUCGUAUAUUUUUUUUUCUUUGUAUUACACCUUGCAUUUAAUGUAAAAGUAAACUCUACAUAAUUUUGAUGGACUUGCUUCCACAAAAACAGUCCUGCAGCUCAGGUACAAAUCAAGUGGUCACAGUCUCAAAGGAGUUACAGAUCUUUGGGCAAAGUCAUAUGUAUUCAGGAACAGGACUGAGGAAAGGCACUGUUGUAAAAAACAGAAUUUGCUGUUACAGGACAAAGAGAGAAUGUGGGGAGAGUGCCAUUAGACUCAGUGGAGAGACAGGCCCCAAUCCAAGUGAAGUGUUUCAAUCUUGUAGAAAACAAAAUCAGUGUGGUUUAAUUUAGGCAAGACCAAGAUAUUCCAUUAAAUUUAACAGCCAUUGAGUUCAAGUGUCUUUGGAACGUUCAUACCAAGGGUCAAAACCUCUUCACAAAUCAUCACUUCCUGCAUCUGUGUUCUCCUCCUGGAACAUGUACAAAAUAAUGUCUUAUUCUUAAUUUCUCUUUCUAGACUAAAGAGGCAUUUAAUUUAAAAUAUUUAUGUUCACUGACAUAUCCUAAGGAUUCCUUUUUAUUUAGAAUACAGCCUCAGAACUUAAUGGUCGUUCAGUCACAUAGAAAUGUACAUGGUCAUGUAACUAGAGUUUGUAUUAUAUGUAUUUUUCAAAAUAAAGUGACUAAAAAAUU